CACGGCCGUGAUCGUUUCAUGGAAUUCCGUGCAGAGGGCGGAAGAGUAUUUAUGGCGUUUUCGGUGAUAUUUUUGAUCUUGGCAGUGCUUUCUACUCAGAGAUUAGGUCUUGGUAGUCAGAGUGCACAGUGUGACAAACACAAGUAUGAUGACCCAAAAUCAUUACGAAUGGACACAGCCUUGGUAAUGCUGAACUCUGAUAUGAAAAAUCCAGUCAAUGUGUUUGGUGUCUCAAGCAACUGUCACAAGUGUGGUCUUCAGCUUAUAAUAGAAAAUUUGUCAAAGGGAUUUAUAUGUAACAUAACAGUACCAACCAAUUUUAGUUUCACACUGGCUGUCAAUAGCUCCGUGAAGGACAAAAUAGUAUGCCAUCCAGUGCAGUACAGUUUUGGAGAACAUGGCUUGUAUUCUUAUAAGAUUCGUGCUUUCAAAGAAAAUACAGCCUGUGCACUCGAGAGGAAGGAAAAACCAGAUAAUGUAUACUGGCCUCUACUGUAUGCCUUUUUGGCUAUUUUGGGAGCUGCAAUUUUAUGGAAUGUGCUGCUGUAUCUGUUGAGGAGGUACAACCUGUUGGUCAACUGGAGACUGUUUCAUGACAUAGAAAGUCUUAUAAAUGCAGAUCUUGGAAGCCCCACUUUCAAUGGGUCUGAGAGUCCUGUGGAUCAUGAUGAUAUGCCAGAAAAACAAAUAAAGAAGCAAAGACUCAAGUCACUGGAUACAUUUCGUGGGAUUGCUCUGACAAUAAUGAUCUUUGUGAACUAUGGGGGAGGUGGAUAUUACUUUUUCAAACAUGCCAGAUGGAAUGGACUUACAGUGGCAGAUCUUGUGUUUCCAUGGUUUAUGUGGAUCAUGGGAGUUUCUAUAGUAAUUUCAUUCCGAUCCCUGAGACAUCGCCAAGUGAGGCCAUUGACUAUUUGUGUCAAGAUUGUACGCCGUACCAUCAUUCUGUUUGGAUUGGGGCUCUUUGUAAGCAAUUAUGCAGACCUUGCUCUCUACAGGAUACCUGGAGUUCUGCAAAGAUUUGCUGCUUGUUACUUUAUCAUUGCAUUACUUCAACUAGUCAUAAAUCCUGGGAUGGAUUCUGUCUUGCCGGUGGGUUCGUGGUGGAAUCCUGUUAGAGACAUUGUAGCACUUUGGGGUCAGUGGCUGGUGAUGCUCGGUGUGUUGGCAAUCUAUGUUAUUGUCACAUUUGCCCUUCAAAUGUCUGGCUGUCCGCGGGGUUACAUUGGACCUGGUGGAAUUGCUGAUCCUUAUUCGUAUAACUGCACUGGGGGAAAUGCCGGUUAUAUUGAUAGACAUUUCUUUGGAUCUCAUCACAUUUACCAGCACCCGACUUGCAUGGAAACCUACAAAACGAAAGUUCCUUAUGAUCCAGAAGGCGCAUUGGGUACCCUGACAUCUGCCUUCUUGGUAUUUCUGGGAGUUCAGGCAGGUUACACCUUGUUUACGUUUCCCAAUCACUUAGCUAGAAUGAAGCGAUGGGUAUAUUGGUCCGUGUUACUGGGCGGUAUCACUCUUGGACUUACUGGCGUGAAUAAUGACAGCGUCAUUCCGUUAAACAAGAAUUUGUGGUCGGUGUCUUUUAUCUUUGCAACUGGUGGCAUGGCAUUUCUACUCCUCUCAUUCUGUUACUUGGUGAUAGAUGUGUUGGGCUGGUGGAAUGGAGCGCCAUUUUGUUACCCAGGAAUGAAUUCUAUUUUAGUUUACGUUGGAAGUGAAAUAUUAGGGAAUUACUUUCCAUUCAGCUGGACAGUUAGCGGUCACAUGCAACAUGCUGAUCUACUGGCAAUGAACUUGGUUGGAACUACAGUCUGGCUCGUCAUCUCUUACUACCUUUAUUGUAUCAAGUUCUUCGUGAAAAUAUAGAUUAUUGUAGCAAUAACUAAGGGAAAUUACUGAAGAGACUGCGGAUAAUAUCUGGUUGAAGUGGCUCUCUAAUAACUGUCCAGAGCCAAAGUUAUAACACAACGCAUUUUUACAGCCAAUCAAAAUUCAAAUCAAUUCAUAUUAUCUGUGACAAGCGCGGGAAAAUGUGUAGCGUGUGGAAAGCGCGGGAAAAUAUGUAGCGUGUGGCAAGCGCGGGAAAAUACGUAGCCUAUGGCAGGCGCGGGAAAGUGGUUUUUGGUUUUGCAUCUGAUUGGCUUUGACCUUUUGUAAGCCGUUUUAUGAGAGGAAUUUAAAGGCUUAGUAGACACAAAACCGAAGUCAGUGGGAAAAAAAAAAAUACUAUCGAAGAAAAUGAAAAUAGGCAGUUGCAAUGUGACUACUCCAACCAAGGCCACCCGAGCAAACUCUUUGCAAAUUGACCAAUAAAGUGUUAAAGCAAUAAGAAUGCAUGGUCACAAUCGUUUUUUGUUCGGUAGUGUCUACCUUACUCAUAGCGAGAAUUUGUCGGAAUGCUUUUGUUAACAUCCAAGGUUUUCAUUCAGCAAUUUGAGCGUAACCCUUGGGUGGAAUAGUCGCACUGGGAUAGUAUUUGAACUGAAGAUAUUCAUAAAUUUGUUCUCGCUUCAUUUCUUUAUAGAUUUCGUAACAUAAUGCCAGGCCAUAUCACUUUUUGGUUUGGUUUAAUAUGAUAAAGAAAUACAAUUAUUUUUUGAGAAUAAAUUAUGGUUUCUCUUUAGCCUAAUAGUAGUGAAUCGCAAGUAUUGGCAAAGAUUGACUCAGGGAUAGGAGUUAUUCUUUAGGAAAUUAAAAGACCAAAUUUUAGUCGUAUAUCCGAGGAGGAUUUUCAGAAAUAAUACUUCAGGUAAACAUUUUGUAGUUCCUGUUUUUGAAGGAAAUGUAUAUAGAUAAUUAAACGUUUCUCAGAAUGGAAGUGUAUGCCAAGUAUGUUCGAUUUAAAGUUGGCUACAUGUGUGCCAAAGUAGUGGAGAAUAAAUGUUCUCUGAACUGAA